AUGGUCAACUCAAGCAGAGUCAGUUCACGCCUAAGCGGGGCUUUGCGCCAGCAACAAAAGAUCUCAACCACGUGCAUCACAACGCGUCAACUGGGAACGAGCCCAUCAUCAUUAUCAUCAUCCUCAUCACGGCAGCAUCAAAAACAAAACAUAGACUUCAAAGCGCUCCUGUCCCGCCCGACCUGGUCUGUCCGCUCCCUCCUCCCACCAAACACAACUUCCCCCGAACCAUCAUCAUCACCACCAUCAUCAUCCACAACGACAAUAUCCACCUCCCAACUAACCCACCUACACGCCCUCUCCGCCCUACCCAACCCAACUAUCCCUUCCACCCUGGAGUCCCUCACCCGCACCCUUCAGUCUCAAUUGCACUUUGUCCGCGCCAUACAGGCCGUCGACACCACCGGGGUCGCUCCCCUAUCCGCCAUCCGGGACGAGACGGCCGCCGGCCGCAGUGAGCAGACCGUCACGCUUGACCACCUGGCCGAUGUGCUCAGGAGCGAGAGACCCAUCGGUCGUGCACGGAGGCCCAGGAGGUUGAGAGCCACUGCCGCCACUGCGGAGGUUGCAGAGGCUGGCGGGGUCAGUAGACAUGGGGAGCCAGGUUGGGACGUCCUCGGGGCUGCAAAGCGUCGGGCUGGACAGUAUUUCGUUGUGAAGAGCUCUUCCACAAAACAGGAACCUUGA